AUGCGCUUCAGCAUAGCUGCUACAACCGCUCUCUCGCUGCUGGCGAGGUGUGUCCUUGCGGCGACUGCCGACCCGAACUUUGACCUGGUGACCAAGCCCGAGAAGGACGAGAAGAUCGACGCUGGCUCGACCUACACUCUUGUGUGGAAGGUCCCGGAGGGCGCGUCAAAGGGACCGAUCACCAUUGCGCUCCUCGCAGGCCCCAAUCGUGAUUUACUCCAGCCCGUGGGUAUUGUAGCGAAGGGCAUCGCGAAUAGCCUCGAGAAGUACGACUGGGCCGUCAACGACACGCUCGGCAGCGCGCCCCUGUACGGCCUGACCUUCACUCUCGAGGAGGCGCCGGAGCACUUCCAGUUCUCGAACCAGUUCCACAUCGUCGCCAAGGCGGGCGCGGGCGGCUCCAGCAGCGGCAGCGAGUCUUCGAAGACGGGCGACACCACGGCGACGACGACCAAGACCACUGCCACGGGCGCGACCACCACCGAGACCAGCACGACUGGCGGUCCUACAACAACUUCUCAGACCUCGGGAAGCACCGGUGUUACCACAAGCCGCACUACUAGCGGGCCUUCGGGGGCCACGAACGGCACUUCUACGUCCUCACCUACUCGGGCGCCGACUGGAGGAGCCGCGGCCAUGGGCGUGCCACUAGUUGCUGCUGGCGCGUACGCUCUUGGAGCGCUUCUUCUGUGA